CCCAACCUUUCUUUCUUCCUUCUUCUUUUCACACUUUCUUUCAUUCAUUCACACAUCAACAACAACAACGCUAUUUCAUUCACCUUUCUCUAACCGUUUUUGUUUCUAUCUAUCCAAAAAUCAAACAACAAUAAUGGAAGAUGUAGUAGUAGAUUCAUCAUUUCAUUAGGUCAAAUUCAUCUUCAUCCUCCUUUUUCUUCAUUCAUUCAAUCACUUCACAAAAUGUCCGUUGCGGAGCUCAAAGAACGUCACAUAGCUGCAACGGAAACGGUUAACAAUCUCAGAGAAAAGUUGAAGCAGCGACGGCUUUCGUUGCUUGAUACUGAUAUUGCUGGAUAUGCUAGGUCUCAAGGUAGAGCUCCUGUUACUUUUGGUCCUACUGAUAUUCUUUGCUGUAGAACGCUCCAAGGUCAUACCGGAAAGGUGUACUCAUUGGAUUGGACUUCAGAAAAGAAUCGGAUUGUUAGUGCAUCCCAAGAUGGAAGAUUAAUAGUGUGGAAUGCUCUAACAAGCCAGAAAACGCAUGCUAUAAAGCUUCCUUGUGCAUGGGUCAUGACAUGUGCUUUCUCACCAACUGGUCAAUCUGUUGCUUGUGGGGGCCUUGACAGUGUUUGCUCUAUUUUCAAUCUUAAUUCUCCCACUGAUAGGGAUGGGAAUCUAAAUGUUUCACGGAUGCUUAGUGGACAUAAAGGUUAUGUUUCAUCUUGUCAGUAUGUUCCAGGUGAAGACACUCACUUAAUCACUGGUUCUGGAGAUCAGACAUGUGUUUUAUGGGAUAUUACUACUGGCCUUAGAACAUCUGUUUUUGGAGGCGAGUUUCAGUCUGGACAUACUGCAGAUGUACUUAGCAUUUCCAUUAAUGGAUCCAACUCCAAAUUGUUUGUAUCUGGUUCUUGCGACGCGACUGCUAGAUUGUGGGACACUCGUGUGGCAAGUCGAGCAGUGCGGACAUUUCAUGGGCAUGAGGGAGAUGUUAAUUCUGUCAAAUUCUUUCCUGAUGGAAAUAGAUUUGGAACUGGCUCUGAGGAUGGAACUUGCAGAUUGUUUGACAUUAGGACUGGACACCAACUUCAAGUAUAUAAACAGCAACACCAGGACAACGAAAUGGCACAUGUGACGUCCAUUGCAUUUUCCAUAUCUGGAAGACUUCUUAUUGCUGGCUAUACUAAUGGCGAUUGCUAUGUUUGGGAUACUUUAUUGGCUAAGGUGGUCUUGAAUCUAGGAUCUCUUCAAAACUCUCACGAGGGCAGGAUCACCUGUUUGGGUAUGUCAGCUGAUGGAAGCGCUUUAUGUACAGGAAGUUGGGACACAAAUUUAAAGAUAUGGGCAUUUGGAGGGCAUAGGAAGGUGAUUUGACUCCUUUGUUAGAGCUUCCCCCUUGUAGGGGGGUAUUGUGGUUCAUCACAAUCCAACAGUGAUGCUUAUGAUAUUGACUUUGAUCCAAAAUUGGAAGGCAAAGUUUAUCUCCAUGUUCAUAACAUUUAGCAGUGGAACUAGUGCAGCCUUUGUUUAUCUCCAUGCUCAUUGGUUCGUGUGUGUGAUUUAGGUCUAUAACUUAAAACCGAAACAUUGGAAGAACUAAAUGUAUUGUUUACAGUGGUUGAAUGAGAUUUGGAUCAGGUAAGGAGGUGUUUGGAUCUCCAUUGUAAAAUCGAAUCUUUCUCCUAUUGAAGCAACUCUUGUGUAA